GUACUAUUCAAAUCUAAUGGUGCAACUUGCAAGUCGGAGCAGAAGAGGCCCGGAUAUCCCUCCAGCGGGUCCAAAGCUGACACAAAAACACGGAAUCACUCCCUAUCCACAGCUCCAAAUAUAGUCUUUCAGUUUUCUGCUAUUGAUUUGCUGCUGACCAGACUUUGGCUCUACAUUCAGCGUCUCCAUUUUGUAUGGCUAUAUCCAACGCUUUCUUCAAUAUCGCCUACACUCCGCCGCGAUCUGCAUUUUUCAACACGGAUUAUGCCGCCGGUCCGCGAUUCACGCUAUACAAGCUUUGCUCCACGCUUCACCGCAGAACUUUGCGCGCCGGAACAACCACAUUUCAUCCUAAAAUGGUUUCUGUUUCUUUCACUGUUCAUGGUGUGGAUUCAUCGAGCUUUUCACUGGAAUUGGAGCAGGAAGAGUCUCUUGAUGUUCCAACACCAAUUGUUCAGAUAGUCCAAGACCCUGAAAGUGAUGAAACACGUGUGGAACUUAGUUUUGGAGAUCGUCUUGGUGCCCUUAUUGAUACGAUGAAGGCACUAAACGAUUUAGGUUUGGAUGUUAAGAAAGGCACUGUUACUACGGAGGGCUCGGUGAAAAGCACAAAAUUUAUCAUUACACACCAAGCAACUGGGCGAAAAGUUGAAGACCCUGAUUUGCUGGAAAGAAUUCGCUUGACCAUCAUCAACAACCUUAUCAAGUACCAUCCAGAGUCUAGCCAAUGGCUUGCGAUGGGUGAGGUUUUUGGAAUAAAAGCACCGGAAAAGAAGCCUGACAUUGAUGUUGCCACUCACAUACAUGUUGAGAACGAAGGGACUAAGAGGAGCAUGCUUUAUGUUGAAACUGCUGAUCGGUCUGGGCUGCUGAUGGAAAUAAUCAAGAUUAUGGCUGACAUUAAUGUUGAUGUUGAAUCGGCAGAAAUUGAUACAGAGGGGCUUAUAGCCAAAGACAAGUUUUAUGUCAGUUAUAGAGGGGCAGCCUUAAACAAUUCCUUGUCACAGGUGCUGCUAAAUUGCCUGAGGUACUACCUUCGAAGACCUGAAACGGAUGAAGACAGCUAUUAGGCAGAAACAGGACGAAGACAUCUAUUAAUCAUUAGAGAGAUAUGUGCAGUAAUCAAACAAUCUAUCUACCAAUCUCAGCAUAGACUUGAUAGUCAACUUUAUUUUGCUUUAUUUGACUGUGCGUUACAAAAAAUGAAACAAACAAAAGGGUUAACUCUACAACUUUAGAUGUGUGCAACUCUUAAAGUUGACUGAAAGUAGGAACUAGGGAUGGACCUGGUCUGGUUCCGGCCUCCGGUCCAAAUAUAUGCCUACCUUAAAUGCAAUUGGUAUACCCCGAUGUUCUGGUUCACAGUUCUUCUCCGCUCUAGUUGCGGUCCUUUGGCCCUUUUUAACCAGUCCCAGCCCAUCCUUAUUAUGGAAGAACUGGAGUCACUAUAGAUCAUUUUACGUUAUUCAACUAUUUGUUCCAGAACUUGAAAGCGAAUCCUACUCCGGGCGCAAAACGAACUGGUCUCAAUCUGGUUUAAUUAUAUGUACGUUUCUAAAGAGCUGUGUGAUCUUAAUCAAAAGAUAUUGCCCUAAAUAGGACUAUAGGAGUUAAAAUAAGGUGUGUUUCUAAUAUGAGUACUAUGUAUUUUAUUUGUAUAGAAGUUAGUAUUGCCAUCUUGAAACUAUGAUGAGAUCAUACUUCAUUUCUUAAUGCCAUAUUAUGAUUGUAGAAAUAAUGACAUAAAUGAUACUAAAUAUUUUGAUUUAGACAAGAGACCAAAAGUAAUGCUCCGUAAAAAAGACUGAAAAGCUCACAUAUAAAUACUAAAAAUCCUAAUACUAAAGCUUGAUCUCCUCACUGAAUCAUCAUUGUUGGCUCACCUCUGGUUUUCAUUCACCGCACUGCAUCAUUGUUGUGUGCUGCCAUCAUCACCGUACACCACCACUGCACUCUAAUCUUUGUCAUGUGUCGUCACUACAGCUAAGCCCAUCACUGUUGCACCACCAUCCUUUGCCACUCUUCUUGUUCAUCUCUUUCUAUCCAGUUGUCAUUGUCAUCAUCGAUGUCCUUGAUGGAGCCUCAAUAUGAUCGUCAUGGUGGGGCUACUAGGGUAUGUAUGUCAUUGUUGUGGGCUAGGC